ACCUCCUCCUCUCCCUCUCUGGCUGCAAUGUGCAGUUAGUUAGCAGACAGGCUCUGGGCAGCAGCAUGGGAACUGUAUUCCCUGUAUUUACACAAGGCUCAACUGAGAUGCUAUGCAGUGACUCCAACUAAGUUCUGCUGAAUAUACCUGCCUGGUGGGCUGACAUUUCCUGCAUAGACUAAGCCUAAGGAUAUUCGAGCCAUACAAAAGCCACACAGGGAUUCUGACGGAGAUACAGAGAAAGAAAGAAAAAGAAAAUCAGUCACUGCCUGAAGGAUUGCUGGGGCUGCUGUAGGCACAAAAUCACAACCAUCAACUCUGUGCGCUCUGACAGGAAUAUAAAAGCUUUGCUCCCAGCCACGACAAAUUGCCUUUGGAUUUUGGAGGUGUGCACCAAGCAUGCAUUGUGGAUAAACAAGUGGGGUGCUUCCUAUUGCACAAACUUGUGAGUUAAGAAAAAGAAGAAAAAAAGAAAAAAAAAUCCCCCUACAAGAUCAGAUUUGGGUGGCAGUUGUCCUGGGUUUGGUGACAUCUAACAGUUUUUGGUUGGGUUCUUUCCUUGGGUGGCUUUGUGUUUUUUUUCAUUUUUGACCAAAUGUUACCAAGUUUUGUGAAGAAGAAGAUGUGCUAUAUUGGUUUCUGGAAGCUGUCCAUCUCUUUGGGUUUGGUACUGGUCAUACUCAGCGAGGUGGCACCUCAGCCUUGUCCAUCUCAGUGCUCUUGCACAGGCACCACCGUGGACUGCCAUGGGCUCUCCCUACGUAGCGUGCCACGCAACAUCCCAAGAAACGCCGAGCGCCUAGACCUGAAUGCCAAUAACAUCACUAGAAUCUCCAAAACAGACUUUGCUGGAUUAAGACACCUCCGGAUCUUGCAGCUUAUGGAGAACAAGAUUACUACAAUUGAGAGGGGAGCAUUCCAAGACCUGAAAGAACUGGAAAGACUGCGCCUUAACCGAAAUAAUCUGCAGGUGUUCCCUGAACUGCUUUUCCUGGGGACUCCAAAACUCUACAGACUUGACCUCAGUGAGAACCAGAUCCAAGCCAUCCCAAGAAAGGCAUUCCGUGGUGCAGUAGAUAUUAAAAACCUGCAGCUGGAUUAUAACCAGAUCAGCUGUAUUGAAGAUGGGACAUUCCGAGCACUGCGUGACCUGGAAGUACUCACUCUCAACAACAAUAACAUUACUCGACUUUCGGUGGCAAGCUUCAAUCACAUGCCGAAACUCAGGACCUUUCGACUCCAUUCCAACAACUUGUACUGUGAUUGUCACAUCGCUUGGUUAUCCGACUGGCUGCGUCAGAGGCCCCGAGUUGGUCUCUACACUCAGUGUAUGGGACCCAUUCACCUGAGAGGGCAUAAUGUUGCUGAGGUUCAGAAGCGAGAAUUCAGCUGCACAGAUGAGGCAGAAGGUCAACAGUCAUUUAUGGUCCAUUCUUGUAGUGUCUUGCAUUGCCCUGCUGCUUGUACCUGCAGUAACAAUAUUGUAGAUUGCCGUGGAAAAGGGUUGACUGAGAUCCCAACCAACCUCCCGGAGACAAUAACAGAAAUGAGACUGGAGCAAAAUUCGAUCAAGGUCAUUCCUCCAGGAGCAUUCUCACCAUACAAGAAGUUGAGAAGAAUUGAUUUAAGCAACAACCAGAUUUCUGAAAUAGCCGCAGAUGCUUUCCAAGGCCUGCGUUCACUCAACUCCCUUGUUCUCUAUGGAAAUAAAAUUACAGAGCUCCCCAAAGGCUUGUUUGAAGGACUGUUCUCAUUACAGUUACUAUUACUCAAUGCCAACAAGAUUAAUUGUUUACGAGUAGACUCCUUCCAAGAUCUGCACAACCUGAACCUCCUAUCUUUGUAUGACAACAAACUUCAAACCAUCGCCAAAGGCACAUUCGCCCCACUCCGUGCCAUCCAGACAUUGCAUUUGGCUCAGAACCCGUUUAUCUGUGACUGCCAUCUGAAGUGGCUGGCGGAUUAUCUCCAUACAAACCCUAUUGAGACCAGUGGUGCCCGCUGCACCAGCCCCCGCCGACUGGCAAACAAAAGGAUUGGGCAGAUCAAAAGCAAGAAAUUCCGCUGCUCAGCCCAAGAGCAAUAUUUCAUUCCAGGAAUUCAUCAUUUGGGCUGCACAGAAGACUACCGUUCCAAGCUUAGUGGAGACUGUUUUGCAGACUUGGCCUGUCCUGAAAAAUGCCGCUGUGAAGGAACCACUGUGGACUGUUCCAACCAAAAACUCACAAAGAUCCCUGACCAUAUUCCCCAGUACACAGCUGAGUUGCGCCUUAACAACAAUGAAUUCACAGUUUUGGAGGCAACUGGAAUCUUCAAGAAACUUCCCCAGCUAAGAAAAAUCAAUCUGAGCAACAACAAGAUAACAGAUAUAGAAGAAGGGGCUUUCGAGGGGGCUAAUGGCGUGAAUGAGCUAUUGUUAACAAGUAACCGUAUGGAAAAUGUUCGCCAUAAGAUGUUCAAGGGCCUGGAGGGACUGAAAACCCUGAUGCUCAGAAGCAAUCACAUUAGUUGUGUGAAUAAUGACAGCUUCACAGGACUGAGCUCAGUUCGCCUGCUCUCCCUCUAUGACAAUCAAAUUACUACAGUGGCUCCAGGUGCAUUCGACACACUACAUUCUCUCUCUACCUUGAACCUUUUAGCAAAUCCAUUCAACUGCAACUGCCACCUGGCUUGGUUGGGUGACUGGCUUAGGAAGAAGCGCAUUGUCACUGGAAACCCUCGAUGCCAAAAGCCCUAUUUUCUUAAGGAGAUUCCGAUCCAGGACGUGGCUAUACAAGAUUUCACUUGUGAUGAUGGAAAUGAGGACAAUAGCUGUUCGCCACUAUCUCGCUGCCCUGCGGAGUGCACAUGUUUAGAUACUGUUGUUCGAUGCAGUAACAAGGGACUAAAGUCUUUACCUAAAGGCAUCCCUAAGGAGGUCACAGAAUUAUAUUUGGAUGGAAAUGUGUUUCCACUUGUUCCAAAGGAACUAUCCAACUAUAUGCACUUGACACUUAUCGACCUGAGCAACAACCAGAUCAGCACUCUUUCUAACCACAGCUUCAGCAACAUGACUCAGCUCCUUACCUUGAUUCUUAGUUACAAUCGUCUUAGGUGCAUUCCACUUCGAGCAUUUGAUAGGUUGAAGUCUCUGAGACUUUUAUCCUUGCACGGCAAUGACGUCUCUGCUAUACCUGAAGGAGCAUUCAGUGAUCUUUCUGCACUGUCACAUCUAGCUAUUGGGGCGAAUCCUCUGUAUUGUGACUGUAAAAUGCAGUGGCUUUCCGAUUGGGUGAAGUCAGAAUAUAAAGAACCUGGGAUUGCAAGGUGCUCUGGUCCUGGAGAAAUGGCUGAUAAACUCCUCCUCACCACCCCCUCCAAAAAAUUCAGCUGCAAUGGACCUGUCGAUGUUAACAUUCUUGCUAAAUGUAACCCCUGCUUAUCAAAUCCUUGCAAGAACAAUGGCACCUGUAACAAUGAUCCUGUAGAAUUCUACCGAUGCACAUGUCCUUAUGGCUUUAAGGGGCAAGACUGUGACGUACCAAUCCAUGCUUGCAUAAGUAACCCGUGCCAUAAUGGUGGUACCUGCCAUUUGAAGGAAGGAGACAAAGAAGGAUUCUGGUGUGCUUGCACCGAUGGAUUUGAAGGUGAAAAUUGCGAGGUCAACAUUGACGACUGUGAAGAUAAUGACUGCGAAAAUAAUUCUACUUGUGUCGAUGGCAUUAACAAUUACACGUGCCGUUGCCCACCAGAAUACACAGCUGCUAAAUUGAAUGAGGUGGAAAAAGGUGAACUUUGUGAAGAGAAACUGGACUUCUGCUCCCAAGAUAUCAAUCCAUGUCAACAUGACUCAAAAUGCAUCCAAACAUUAAAAGGAUACAAAUGUGAUUGUACACCUGGAUAUAUUGGGGAACACUGUGAUAUCGACUACGAUGAUUGUCUGGAGAAUAAGUGCAGAAAUGGAGCCCGUUGUGUUGAUGCAGUGAAUGGUUAUACAUGUACCUGCCCAGAAGGAUACGGAGGCUUGUUCUGUGAAUCAGCACCACCAAUGGUGUUACCUCGCACAAGUCCUUGUGACAACUUUGAAUGUCAAAAUGGAGCCCAAUGCAUUGUGAAAGGGAAUGAUCCUCUGUGCCAGUGCCUGCCUGGCUAUCGUGGAAACAAAUGUGAAAAACUAGUCAGCGUAAAUUUUGUGAACAAAGACUCGUUUAUCCCAAUUCCUUCGACAAAGAUCCGCGCUCAGGCCAACAUCACUCUGCAGGUUGCCACUGAUGAAGACAGUGGGAUUUUGCUCUAUAAAGGUGACAAGGAUCAGGUAGCAGUGGAGUUGUAUCGUGGGAGAGUGAGAGUUAGUUAUGACACUGGAAGCAACCCUUCAUCUGCAAUUUACAGUGUUGAGACAAUAAAUGAUGGGAAUUUCCAUGUUGUGGAGUUGGUAAACCUGGACCAAACACUGUCACUGAUCAUUGAUGGAGGAACCCCGAAAUCCAUUACGAAUUUACCAAAACAAUCAUUACUAAGCGUUGAUUCCACACUUUACAUAGGAGGUUUGCCCAUGAAAAACAACAUUGCCGGUCUUCGACAGUCUUCAAGUCAAAAUGGUACCAACUUCCAAGGUUGCAUUAGAAACCUAUACAUUAAUAAUGAACUACAGGACUUCAGAAAACUAAACUUACAACCUGGAGUUCUUCCCGGCUGUGAACCAUGCCAUAAAAAUGUCUGCGUCCAUGGCACAUGCCUGGCUACAAGCCAAGCCGGCUUCACUUGCGAAUGUGAAGGAGGAUGGACAGGGCAACUCUGCGAUAUCCAGUCCAAUGAUCCCUGUCUGGGAAACAAGUGUGUACAUGGCACAUGCCUCCCGAUUAAUUCAUUCUCCUACAGUUGUAAAUGCCUUCAAGAUUUUGUGGGAGUUCUCUGUGAUGAAGCUGAAGAUCAACCCAAUCCCUGCCAGUCCAUUAAAUGUAAACAUGGAAAGUGCAGGCUUUCAGGCUUAGGAAAAGCAUACUGUGAAUGCUCCAGUGGUUAUACUGGAGACAACUGUGAUAAAGAAAUCUCUUGCCGAGGGGAACGGAUCAGAGAUUACUACCAAAGGCAGCAAGGUUAUGCUGCUUGCCAGACGACCGAGAAGGUAUCGAGACUAGAAUGCAAAGGAGGAUGCUCAAAUGGUCAGUGCUGUGGACCACUGAGGAGCAAAAGGCGGAAAUAUGCUUUUGAAUGCACAGAUGGUUCAUCCUUUGUGGACGAAGUUGAGAAAAUCAUAAAGUGUGGUUGUACAAAGUGCCCCUCCUAAACAUGUAAACACCACAAUUCUUUUGAAAAUGUUGUAUACCUAUUGGCCAUGUUGGACUAAUUAAAGUUUCAUAGUCGAAAUAUUUGAAUUAUAUUGUAAAAUACAGAAAAAUACUUAUUUUUAUUAUGAGAGAGAAUUUUUCUUGGUCUUAAAAAAAACUGAAAAAAGAAAAUGGAAAAAAAAAAGAGAAUGAGUUGCUGAUGCCUGAACUUUGAAUAUGAGGAGCUGAAAUAGGAACUAAAAAAAUGUUCUAUGGAGAUUCAGCUUCAUUGAGGGGUAAUGCAAUUUCUUUCAGAAACAGUCACAUACUGAAGAUACAAUUAGAAAUCAUUUGGCCAGGACAAUAAAAAAAAAAAAGGCUUGUGAAAUUGGCCACUACAUAUCAACAUUUCCAGUCCUAUAUUGGCACAGCAUAUUGGCGUACCACAUAUUGGAGUACCACACCAAUGUGACAAAGGAAAAGCUGUGAACGACGAGGGAUCAACAUAUUUUUAUUCUUAUAUCUGAUGACUGAGCGGUGUAGCCAUUUGGAGAAACUGCAAGCAUUCCAGUGAAUCCAGAAAAGAAUCAAGAUUUGGACUUUCAUUUACUUCCACUGUUUUCUGAUAUUGAUUUCAUUCAUGUAAAACGAUAGCACAAGCAUCUGACACAAGUGUUCAGCAAUCCCUUUACCAGUAUUAUUUUUGUUUUGUAAGAUAAUGUUAACUGGGUCAUUAGAGAAUAAAAUGUUAGGUUUUUACCAUUAGGAACAACUGUACACGUUUUCAAGCAGUAUUCAGACCGAACAAUUUGUAUUUAUUGUAUCAACGUACAGCAUCCUUAACACUUCUAGGUUCUCCCUUAAACCGUUUUUUUUUUUGGAUGUUUUAAUAUAUAUAUAAAUAUAUUAAUUUAUAAUGAUCCUGAUAUUUUUCUAUUUUGAUAAAGAAUACUCAAAGUCAGGAUUUUUCUUUACAUUUUAUAAUAGAACUAACAUAAGUAAAAUGUCUUAGGCUAAUAUGUGCCAUCUGAUGAUCGUUCACUUGUGGUUGUAGAAUUACGUUUUGCAGAGACCUGAAGAAGUCAACUGUACAAAAGACAAAAGUGUCUCUUCACACGGAAGCUCUGGAAUCAAACAUAAUAGAAUUUUAUAUUACAUGAAAUUUGAAAUUGUGUACUGGAAAAGAAAUUAGAAUACAGAAUUUUUUCAGAUCAAUAUGACUAUAAAGUUUAUGUUUCUUUUAGAGCAGAAUAUGCAGACAAAAACUGUGAUUUUUUUCCCCCCUUUAAUAAAACUACUAUAGUACCCUGUGGUCCUCAUGUUAAUAUGUUGCUGCUAAACUCCAGUAUACAAUUGAUUAUGUUGGUAGUGGGCUCCUUUUCCUAGAAAUAAAAAUGAUACCCAGGGCACUGUGUAAAAAAAAAAUGAAGAUUUUAUGUUCAAUAUGUUUUGUGUAUUUUAUAUAUAUAUAAAUAUAUAUAUAUUUUUUUUUUUUACAAAAAAAAAAAAAAACAAGUUAGGUGUACAUGUAUAAUGCCGUGUGCUUUGUCUUAUUUGGACUGAUAUCAGUAUUGCAACUGAUGUUUGUAAAUUAAACAGAUAUUACUUAA